AUGGCGAUACUUAUUCUGCUAUUCGUUCUUUCUAUUUCAGGUUUGGAGCCACGAAUCCAAGGUGGCAAGAUCGCCAAUGUGGGAAGAUAUCCUUACCAAGCAUCGAUUUGGUAUAACAAUAGUUUUAAAUGUGGCGGAUCCAUCAUUACCGAACGCUUUAUCCUCACGGCUGCUCACUGCAUUUACGAGAGAUCAGCAAACGCAAUGACAGUUGUUGUUGGAACCAAUUAUUUAAAACACAAUGGAGAUAUUUAUAAUGUCGAUAAAUUAAUUUGGCAUAAUGGCUACUACCAUGAGCUAGUCAAUGAUAUCGGUUUAAUACGCGUGAACAAAAAAAUUGUGCUAAGUGAAACAGUUCAACCGAUCCGUCUUGCGCCUGUGUUUGACAUUCCUUCAGGUGAAGUUGCUGUUGUCACUGGUUGGGGAAGAUUAUCUGACGAAGGCCCGAUUCCAUCCACGUUGCAUGAACUCUACACGAUUGUAGUAUCACAAGAAUCAUGCCAGAAAAUAUUCCCGGAAGUGGACGACACAAAAAUUUGCGCGCUGACUGAGAACACGAGCGCUUGCUAUGGUGACUCCGGUGGUCCUCUGGUCGUAGAUGGUGUACAAGUCGGAAUCGUUUCGUACAGCUUUGAUUGUACGUCAAGCGCUCCUGACGUGUACACCAGAGUACACUCUUACAUUAGUUGGAUAAAUUUACACACUACCACGUCUAGUUCAGCCAACACCCAAUAUGACACGUCUCGUAACAGAUUACUAUUGUUCGCGAUGACAACUCUUGUAGCGUACUUGCGCUCGACCUUAUAAAAGUACAUUUUUCGUUUAACUUCAAACGCAAGCUCGUGCAACAUGUGUAUUAACAAUCGAAAUCAAACAUAAAAAAUGGAAUUAACACGUAUAUGUAGAUUCAGUCCUAAGCAUAGCGAUUAUUUGAAUAGGUUUGGUAUACAGCGUAUCAAAAGUGUGCGAAUAUUUUUCCAUUAAAUUUAGGGGUACGUUAGAUAUAGGGUUUACAAUUUCAAAUAUCACGUUGACGAUCACGAGUGACUGGAAUUAAACACUUUUAUUCCAAAGAUGAGACGUUGAAAAAAAUAAUUCUAGAUAAGAUUCGUGAAUUCUGAUAAGGCUGCAACAUUGUUACACUUUUAGCAUGUACAAGAAUCGACUCGUAGUCAUAGUAACGUUUAUUUAUUUCAUUUUAAGAUGACUGUCUGAAGUGAAAAAUUUGAAUGAAAAAAAUGAGUGAAAAAUUUCCAUAAGACUCUGAAACAUCAAAAAUCCUAAUGCUCUAUGUUUGUUAAAUAUGUAUCGAUAUUAAACGUUUCCUAAACGUAUACAUUUUAGAGGUACCUAUGGUCUUACUCGUGAAAGGAUUUAUCUACUGGCGUGAUCGUAAUACUUACUACACAAUCUAGUUAGACGAUAUGCCACUGGGACACAAAUAUGUUUUUCCCUCAGAAUUCAAGAUCACUUCGUGAGUAAUUUGAAUGCACGGAAUACAGGAAAUACUUGUAGCGCAAUGAUUUCCUUGGAAAUUACACUAUGCGAAGUAUCUAUUGUCUAUCUGUAUCUGUAUCUAUAAUCUAUUAUUAUACAUACAUUGAAUAGUAAGAAAAACGAUUUU